AGUGUUCGUUUUUAUACUCAAACUAAUCUUGAUAAAAAUAAUAACACUUCACGAUGAAACGACGAAAUUUUAACGAUUAUUCGUAUUUCAACAAAUUUUUAUUGAAUGCCUCUGGCCUAUUGCCCAUUAAAUCGAAAAACAAUGUGCUAACUUUAUUCCUGGCUUUUGCGACUUUCGGCUCAUCAUGCUUUUUAUUCGUUCCGGGUUUUUACUCACUUAUAUUUCAUUGGAAUAAUAUUAACCCGUCAGAUAGGUUCGACGUUCUGCUUAACGGAAGCGCCUUCAUUGUUUGCGCGAUAAAAGUUCUAGUGCUUUUUCCAAAGCGUGAAAAGCUUCUCUAUGUCACAGAAAAUUGUGCGAAUCUUUGGAAAUACGUCGAGUCGGAUAAAGAUAUCGCGAUCAUCGACAAGUUCGGAAAACGGGAACUGUACGUGACGUACAUGCUAACAGUAAACAUCAGCAUUGGAACUUUUUUUUAUCUCAUUACACCAUUUUUCACGGAUUUUGUUUUGGACGCGAACGGUACGGUUUUGGAAAGCAAAGCGUUACCUAUCUCAGCCGGAGUAUUUCACGACGACGUGAAAAAAUUCCACUUAUGGCAUGCACUCCAAGUUCCAACGACUUGUGACAGUGUCAUCGCAAUUAUUGCCCUUGAUACAGCGAUACCUUUCUAUGUUUUGCAAGCCUGUGCUCACAUGCAAUUGUGCCAAAAUGUAUUUGAGAGGAUAGCCGAUAGUAUUAGACUUGACGAAACUUUGACCGAUAGUGAAGACGAUUGGAACACGAAAAGAACUAAAUUUUGUCAACUUGUAGUCAAAGGUGUGGUCUAUCAUUCGGAAAUUUUACAAUACACUAAAGAUGUGGAAGACAUUUUUCAAACAGUCAUCCUUGCUCAAAUACUAGCAAGUCUAGCAGCGAUUUGCGGAUACUGUUUCGGUAUCUUAGUCGGUGAUGAAACGGAACGUCCGAAGAUUAUGACGUGUUUGUUGUCAGUGACCGCAGAGCUGCUUUUAAUAUGUUGGCCACCUGACAUUCUUCAGACUGAGGGUCUCAAGGUGGGCGAUGCGGCGUAUAAUCUCCCGUGGUACGAUUGGACAAGAGAAGAGGGAAAAUUGAUUUGCAUGAUUAUCGCAAAAUCGCAGAGACCUGUCAUAAUCACAGCAAGAAAAAUGGCAAUUAUGUCACUUGAAACGUUUACGUGGGUUAUGAAAAGUGCCUUUUCGUUGCUAACUCUGCUGCGACAAAUUUUGGAUCGUCGAGAACUUGCUUCAACUUCGGUAAUACAUUUUCGAGAACUUCAAUGCAAUGUUCUCGAGUGCCUCGGGGCUCAAUUUUGCGUUAUUCGUAAUCCGAGAAACGUAGUAUUAGGAAUAUUGUGUGCUCCCGGAUUCCUGAGAUUUUCAACGCAAACAUCUCAACAGCACUCAUAAGUUUUCUCUAUAGAACCACACCCUCAUCAGCUAACCAUGAGACGACGGAAUUUUCGUGAUUAUUUUCAUUUUAAUGAGGUUUUGUUGAAGCUUAUCGGUUUAUUGCCUUUCAAAUUGGGAUACGAUUGUUUGGCCUUAUCGAUUAGUAUCAUAACUAUUUUCGCAUGUAUUUUCGUGUUUGGUCCGGGAUUCUGGGCAUUAAUUUUUCGCUGGAACAAUAUUACCCCACCAGAAAUAAUAGCUAUUGUGCGCGAGGAAAACGUCUACGUAGUUUCCACGAUAAAAGCUUGCAUUUUGAUACUGAAACGUCACGAGCUCUACAGAUUGACAGAAAGCUGCGAAAAGUUAUGGCGACACGUAGAAACUGAGAGAGAUUUGGUGAUUGUGGAGGGCUACGCCAAACGAGGAUUGUAUCUUUCUUAUGGUUAUGCUGCAAAUUGUUGUAUCGGAGUAUCCUCUUGUUUGAUUACGCCGUUGUUUGAAAGUUUUGUCUUAAAUGAAAAUGGCACUGUAAUCAAAAGUAUCGUGUUACCCUAUUCAGCUGGAAUGUUUCACGAAAACGUGAAACAGUUUUAUAUCUGGUAUGCUUUCCAAGUGCCAACAGCCUGCCACAGCAUACUAGCCAUGGUGGCCAUCGACACUGGACUUUCUUUUUAUGUUUUGCAUGCUUGCGCUCAUAUGAAAUUAUGCCAAGAAUUCUUUCAACGAAUAAACGAAGACUGUACUCUUGGUAAAGAUUUAGAGCUCGAUGAAAUCGAAUGGAAUAAAAGAAAACAUAAUUUUUUUCGACAUGUCGUCAAAAAUGUGUCCUUUCAUAAGGAAAUACUUCGAUUUUCGGACGAUGUGGAGAAAAUUUACUCACCUGUUAUCUUCGUUCAAACGCUGCAAGGAAUCGUAGCGAUUUGUGGCUACAGUUUUGGCGCUUUGCUCGGAGAAGAAUCGGAACGUCCAAGAAGUGCAACUUGCGGGUUGGCUGUAAUACUUCAAUUGCUUUUAUUGUGUUGGCCACCGGAUUCUCUUCAGGAUGAGAGCAUGAAGGUGGCUGACGCAGCGUACGAUCUUCCGUGGUACGACUGGACGAAAAAGGAAGGAAAGCUCGUCUGUAUGAUAAUAGCUAAAUCCCAAAGACCCGUUUUAUUAACAGCCAAACAAUUUGCAAUCAUAUCUCUUCUGACCUUCACAUUUGUCAUGAAAACGGCUUUCUCGGUGACCACUCUGUUGCGAAACGUUUUGUAAUAUUUUCAAAUAUGACAAGAUGGAUGUAGAAAAUUAUCGGAGCUCAACGUUUCGUUGAAAUAAAUUUGAAGCAAAC